ACCUACAUCCCCCAAAGACCUCAUAAAACAAAUAAAUGCAUUUUUAGGAAGCUUAUAAUUACAUUUUGGGUGUUUUUUGUGAUGUCGCAAAGCUGUUUGAUGCUUUUUUUUUCUUAGUCUGUUCCAUCUAAUUACUGUGUGGAUGCCGGGAUUACGUCGGGCACCGUGUGAACUGUUACACAACCCAGAUAUAUCAUAAACCCAUGUGGAGCAGAGCUGUUUGCAGCGCACGAGCCACGCCCCCUUUUGCACAUCAUAGCUUCCGUUUGCUGCCUUCCGGGUUGCCAUGACGACCGCGUUGCAGCUCGUCUCUAAAGGCAUUCACCGCUUCCUCCACUGCUGCUCCAGAAAACUCUGUCAGGCAGAUAAAAAGUAGACAACCAAGAAAGACUUUUGUGUGAGUGGUGAUUGCUGAUAAUGGGAAUAUCAAUUCAGAGCCGUUUAAAAUGCAACAGAGAUUGAACUUGCUUUAUUUUGAUCUAACUGCGUCAUGGUGUCUGUGAAAGAAGAAGACCUCACAGCUGUAAAUGGAGCAUACAGGGACUUUUCAACGCAGGAGGACACAGUUUGGGAGACUGAGAGGGCAGUAGAAAGGAGGCAUGUUGAUUCCCUUUUAGAUGUUAGUGAGGAGAGCGUCGUGAAAGAGCUGGAGCCACAUGAGUAUCAUUGUUACUCUGGCUGGGAAGAAGCUGUUUGGGGUUGGGCCCGAGUUGCUCCGCUGAGCUGCAUACUGUUGACCCAGAAGAGACACAAGAAACCAAAGCAGAAAGAGGCUGACAAUCCGACCCCUUUGUUUGUUGACCCAACCCCCUCUAAUGCUGACAGCAUCACAGAGCAGCAUGGUGAGGCUCCUGUAGGCCUGCGUAGCUUUAGGAAAUUUAACCCACCGACAGGAUUUUGGAGUCCAGCGAUGGUAACAGCUCAGCAGUCAGAUGAUGUGAAAUGGCCUGUUCUCAACAUCAUGCAGAGAAACACAGCACAUCUCUUCCUUGAGGAAAAAAUCGUGAAAGAAGGGACGCUACGAGAGACUCCCCUGCUGCCUUGCCAUCUGCCUUCAAAAUACUCUGUGUCAGUGAACAGGCCCACAAAGCCUCAGAAACACAGCUGUAGGCCCAAUAAUACUGUGGUUCCCAUUAAAAACUUCACAUUUUUACCACCUAUAAAUUCACCUCAUCUGAAUAACAAACCCAGUAGCUACCUCUCCAGAAGCAAGAGGGCUUCAGAAAGGGAAACCUUAGAGGAAAACUGUCUUGUGUUGGAUAAGAAGAGUGGUGGACCAAGAAGAGUGGACACAGAACUUCCAAUUUACUCUGCAGCUCCGACAUCCAAGUACCAGACAUGUCAGCAUAACCCUCAGUUCCUCUCUGCUGUGAGUGUUUCUGUCCCCAAGAGGUAUCAAGUACCAGUGUCUCCUAAACCUGACACAGUGCACCAUACCAGCUACUCAAUGGGCAAGAGCCUGUCACAGGCAAUCGCACGACCUCAUAUGCACCCUGGCUGCCUGUUCUCUUGAGGACCAGAACUGUGUGUGCUGUCAAGCUGUAUGAAGCCUGUGAAUUAAACGUCUAACAUGGCCGAUGAUGACAUUAAAAUGUGCAAUAAUUUUAAAUUCUCAGGUUCAGCCAUGAGAAAAUGGCCAGUUUUAUCAUAUUUUAUAAUAAUAUGUAAUUCAGGCUCACUCUGCUGUAACAAUGUCUCCAUCAAAAUAGUCACUUGUAGGAAAAAAUGUAUAUAGUUAUGAAGCAUGUUGCAGUGGUAGGUCAGUGAACAAAACAAUGAAACGCUAACCUCAGUAUUGAUCAUUAUUUCGGCCUCUUCUCUCAGGCACUUUUGCAGCUAUUACUUGUUACCUAGCAACAAUGCUACUACCUCGUAAGAAGUAUGGCUGUGUGUCUGCCCUGCUCUCUGUGUUUUGAAAGUCCACUAAAAAAUUAAAGCUCUCUGAACACUUCUAUACAUGAUAUAAACACUGGCCAAACUGCUGCAGCUGUUCAGUAUAUUCUCACUUCCAUAUCAGUCAGCGAUUCCUGGUGAUUGUGGGUGAGGUCUGGGUUAUACACCGCUUAAGUAUAGGGUGUCCCAAAAAAAUGUAUACACCUUUUAGCAGCUGAUAAGUAACUAACCUCACACUACUAGACUUCUUUUUAUGGGGAUACCUAAAAGACAAAGUCUACGCAAUGAGCCCUGCAACAGUCACUGAAUUGAGAGCAACCGUGAAUGCAGGCAAAUACCAAGGGAAUUGUUUCAUGAUGUGUGCUAUUCCAUCGCUUCGCGUUGUCGGCAGUGUCUGGACCAGAACGGACAUCAGUUUGAGAACAGGUGAUGACAAAACAAUAGAAUGAUGUUUUUAAAUUCUUUUACAUGUUGAAAAUUAAACAAAUUAUAAUAAACAACUAGUUUACAAUUAUUUAAAGUGUGUAUACAAUUUUUUGGGACACCCUGUAUUAUCAAAACAGUAUUAUGCAAAGAAUAUACCGAGUCUAAAUAUACUGUGUGUGCUGUUGAAAGACAAGCAAUCUGCUGCGAUACGGUUUCAUUUGGGCGAUCUUUUAGUACUUAUACUUUUGUUGCUGCUAUUCUGUAAGAGCUGCAGUGUUUACAUACCAAACAUCUGUCUUUCCUGAAUGUGCAUGUUAAAUAUAAUGACUUGAAACUGGUUUAAGACUUAAUAUAUCUGGCACAUGUAAGGAUUCAGUAUGCCUAUACUUAGUGUGAUGUAACUGUGUAUCAAUGUAACAAGAGGAAGGACAGUUGACAUUAUAUAGAUAAGGGUUUCAAAUUUUUCACACAAAACUAAAAAAGUUUUGGACUUCCAAAUCAUUCAAACUGCCUUUUUUGCUUCUGAUGCAACUGAUUUGGAUGUGUGGACUGCUCACUUGCUGGUUUUCUUGGCUAAAUUCAGUACGUUUUCUUUUAUCUAUUUAUGUACUUCUAUUUAAUAAGUGACAAGGAACACAAUUUAUACUUUCCAGCGGUUUAUUAACAUCUGUAGUGUACUGUAGCUACAACAAUUAAUCAAGGCAACCAUUACCUCUACACAUAUAGGCAACAGAAAGUCAAAUUCUGCAAGAAACAAAUAUCUGCAUGCACUCCCCACAGGGACAAAAUAAAGCACUGUAACUGGCAUUUGAGACCGACAAAGCGCCUACACAUGGUUCUGUUAACAGCAAG